UGAGUGGAAAAAUAUUGUCAGAUGGUGUGAAAAAGUGAGGUUAGGUGCGUGUCGAUUUCGCAAGUUUCCUCAAAAUUUCCCGGAUAUUUUGCAUUUUCUGUGAUGGACGAUGACUACGAAGAUGAGACAGGAUCCACAAUUGAGGAAGACUACUAUACCUUUCUCAAUGUACCGCGGAAUGCCACGACUGAGCAGAUAAACACAGCCUACCGGCAUCUCAGCCGGAUUUACCAUCCAGACAAGCAUGUGGCAGAUGUACGGAAAAAGAUCGAAGCAGAGGCACUGUUCAAUCGCCUCAAAACAGCUUAUGAAGUGCUGUCAGAUCCCCACAAAAGAGCCAUUUACGAUUCCCUGGGAGUCAAGGGGCUCGAGACAGAUGGCUGGGAGGUGACUUUGCGACAGAAGACACCGGCCGAAAUCCGCGAGGAGUACGAGAGACUGGCUAAGGAGCGUGAGGAGAGAGCUUUGCAGCAGAAGACAAAUCCCCGGGGGAAUGUGACAGUAAUGAUCAAUGCUACAGAAAUUCUCUGUCCCUAUUACGAUGAAUUUGACGAAAAGAUCCUUCCAACGGUCGAAGUGUCUGGGAUCAGCAUGAGUCAGUCAAUUGAUGCUCCUAUCACAGUUCGGGACACUGUGACACUGUCCGGGAGUCUGUCUUCUCAGAAAGGCAUCGGAAAUGGUGCCUUCUCAGUCUCUGGACGACGAUUGUUGAAUAAAGGCUGGGUAGCUGUGGACCUAACGGCCGGAAAUGGUCCUUCACUGGGCGUCAAGGGUUCCAGAACCCUCAGUCAGAAAGUCUUUGCAAAUUUUGGGGCUGGCCUCAAUCUUCGUUCAAAUGGAAUUGUUCCAACAUUCAUGUCCUCCCUGGCAUGCCAACUGGGAAAACACACUGUCGGCUACUUGACUUACAAUCUAGCCGGUUCAGCCCGUUCCAUGUCCACCACCGUGGAGCAGAAUACAGAUCGACAUCACUUCCAAGUGACACUGCUCCUGGGCAUUCCGCACUGCUACAUCUCAGCUGCCUACACGAGGAAGCUUCUGGAGCAGGAACUGAAACUCCGGGUGGCCACGAAAGUGGGCACUUUUGGGGUUUUGGCAGAGUACGGAGCUGAGAAGAAGAUCUCCAAGUACAGCUCAGUUGUGGCCACAGUCUCAGUCGGUGUUCCCACUGGAGUCACUUUGAAACUCAAAUUCAUUCGCUCAACGCAAACCUUCAUAUUCCCAAUUCACCUGAGCGAGGAGAUCAUCCCAGCGGCUGUUUUCUAUGCCACUGUGACGCCCCUUUGUGUUUUCUUCGUGGUGAAGAAAUUGGUGAUUGAACCAAUGAAUGACGAAAAGCGCCAGAGAAAGAUCGAUAAGACCAAAGAAGUGAAUCGGGAACGAAUGGCAGCCAAGAAGAAGGAAGCUGAGUCCUCAAUUGACCUCAUGUCUGCCACAUUUGCGCGAAUUCGGGAAGAUGAGACCAAAAAUCAUGGUCUUAUCAUCGAAUUGGCCACGUAUGGGCGAUCAGAGGCUGAGGAUGAGGAGCGCUUCGAUGUGUCUGUGCCAUUGCAGUGCCUUGUACGCAACAGUCAGCUGAAUCUGCAUGCAACGCCCAAGAGUGAACUACCCGGUUUCUAUGAUCCAUGCGUUGGUGAGGACAAGACCCUUCGUGUAAGGUUCACAUAUCGCGACCAAAGUCACAGCAUCGAAAUCAUAGACAAGGAAUCCCUUCAACUGCCAGGAUCUCUGGCAGCAAAGUAAAAAAGUGUCUACGCUUUUCCUCUCGGCCAAUUGUGAAUAGAAUCACAAUAGUUGAAAAAUCCAAUUUGGGGCUUUUUUUUAGAGUACAAUAUAAUAAUGUUGACAAGUCAAAA